UUGUUUUCUCAAACGACAUGUCAAUCCAAAAACCUUACGCCUUACCUUAAAAACUCAAACCGGUGCGUUUUCUCUAUUUUGCUCUCUCUCUGUAUCUCUCAAAAUCUUCUUCCUACGUGAAAUUGACUUUUGUGGCUCAGCAGAAGCUGUUUCUCUGUUACAGAGAAUGAUAUUUCCACGAAGUCUUGAGGUUUGGAAAUUAGGUAAGGUCAACUACUUGGAAGCACUUAAGCUGCAGGAAAAGCUGGUGUGUGAUAGAAAAGCUCAUAAGAUUCCAGAUACGCUUCUGUCCCUGCAACAUCCUCCUACAUAUACUCUUGGCAAACGGCGCACUGAUCAUAAUUUAUUGAUCCCUGUGCCUGAACUUGAAAAGAUAGGAGCUGAACUUCCCUAUACACAAAGAGGAGGGGACAUUACAUAUCAUGGUCCUCAUCAAGCCAUCCUAUACCCCAUCAUUUCUCUUCGUGACAUUGGACUUGGUGCUCGGAAGUAUGUGGAAAAACUUGAGCUAACAAUGAUUGAUAUGGCGUCACAAUAUGGUGUGAAAGCUUGUGCUGGAAAAAAGUGUGAGACCGGUGUUUGGGUUGGAGAUAAAAAGAUUGGGGCAAUUGGAGUUCGCAUAUCAUCUGGAAUCACUUCUCAUGGAUUGGCGUUCAACGUUGAUCCUGAUUUAGUCUAUUUUAAGCACAUUGUGCCUUGUGGGAUUGCUGAUAAAGAAGUUACAUCUUUGAGAAGGGAGACAGGUACUGUGCUUCCUUCUGAAGAAGUAAUUCAUGAGCAGUUGAUUUCUUGUUUUGCAAGAAUAUUUGGUUUCAAUAAUCUUAUUUGGAAGGAAAAAGAGCCAACAUUGCUAGAUAAUGGAAAACCUGAAAGACACGUGGAUUGAUAAUGCUUCAGUAUUUUGUAUGUAAUGAGAACUAAAUGACAUGUAGCUAUUAUAUGCCUAAAAAAUAAAUUAUGUAAACCUUUUUCUGUAUGAUUUAUUAUUCAUGAAAUGAAUCAAUAUGAGAUUUUUCGUGUU